CUCUUUCUAGUAAUAUUUUUAGAUUUUACAAAAUGGCGUUACGAGGACUGGUAGAGGGGGACUGUGGAGGACAAAAUCCUUUAACCAAACUUAGAGGACAUUUUACACAGGAUCGAGGACGGUUGCAGGAGGGUCUGCGUAGAAGCAACCUAGACAAACUUGGUGGAUUUCUACAGCAGGAUGUCGAGGGGUUAUCAGAUCAAGGGCUGGUCACAGAGUUCUUACAUGAAACUAGACAGGUUACAGCUUUGAGACCUCCGACAACAUUUAGAAUGGGAUCCCUACUUCAAGAACUCAAAUCUAUAGGUCUAUUUUAUCAAGAGUAUGGAGGAUGGGCUGAAGAUUAUUUAUCAAGUAUCCCUGUUGUGGAACCUAAAGACAACUUGAUGCUAAAUCAGGGAAUAGAUGCUGCUGAGUACGAGCAAUUCGUUGCCUCCUUAGACAGUUCUAGAAUUUCAGAAGAAAGGAGUCCUGGUUCUGGGGCAGAAGAGUGGGCUCAGGAGUUCCUAAAUACAGCACAGACAGACCUACAAACAAACAUACAGUCAAAUACAGAGGCAUAUAGACAGGAUUUCUGGAAGAAUCUUGAAGAUGAGUGGAGAGAAAUGGCGGGUGAUGAUAAUCAUCCCUGGAUACAGGACUAUUCUGCGGCCUAUGAACCCUUCUCGGAGUACCAGUUUCAGGAAGAGAACUCAGCAGCAGAGAAUUCAAAUAUUAAUCAUUUAGAGGAAGGAAAACAGAAAUUAAAGGAAGGGGACCUGCCCAGUGCUGUUCUGCUAUUUGAAGCUGCUGUUCGUCAAGAUGCUGACAACAGAGAGGCUUGGCUGCUCCUAGGACAAGCUCAAGCUCAGAAUGAACAGGAUCCACAGGCAAUUUCUGCGCUGCGAAAAUGUUUGUCUCUUGACCCUACGGAGCGAACUGCACUGAUGAGCCUUGCGGUUAGUCUUACAAACGAAUCCUACCAAGCUCAGGCAUGUCAGGCUCUAACUAUGUGGUUACAAAACCAUGAAGAUUACGGCCAUCUAGUGGUAAAUCCAAUCGACAAAAUUUCAUUUAACAGCUCUUUCAUGUCUCAGGACUUACAUCAACAGACAACGGACUGGUAUGUUCAGGAAAUCAAGGAGGGUUCGAACUUAGACCCAAAUAUACAGGCGGGAUUAGGAAUACUUUUUAACCUCUCAGGGGAUUACGAUAAGGCUGUGGAUUGUUUUAAAGCAGCUUUAAUCUCCAACCCUGAUGAUUCUCUGCUUUGGAAUAGGUUAGGAGCUACUCUUGCUAACGGGAAUAGAUCGGAGGAAGCGGUUUCAGCAUAUCAUACAGCUCUAAGGUAUAGUCCUGGAUACAUCCGGUGUCGUUACAAUCUUGGGAUAUCCUGUAUAAACCUGAAAGCAUACAAAGAAGCAGCAGAACACUUCCUAACUGCACUUAACUUCCAGGCUACUGGACGAGGACCAGGGGGUUCAGAAUCUACCAUGUCUGAAACAAUCUGGUCUUCUCUUCGACUAGCGGUCAGCUUCAUAAACCGACCUGAUCUAAAGGAGUUGACUGACAAGAAAGAUCUCGCAGCAUUGUCAGCAGAGUUCAACAUUAGCAGCUUGGAGUAAGAAUAAAGCACAAGAACAUUUU